AUGUCUCUUCUCUCCCUUCUCACCUGGGCUUCUCUGACAAGCGCAGCCUGGAUCGUUCCAGGCGCUCGCUGGCAUGAUACUGAGGGUAAUCUCUUCAACGCCCAUGCGGGUGGUCUUUGCGUUGAUCGUUCCAGCGGCAAGUUUUACUGGUUCGGAGAGUACAAAACUGAAGAACGAGAAGAAGGCGGUGGUAUCUCUGUCUACAGCUCUGAUGAUCUCGCGACAUGGGAAUCUCAUGGUCUAGCGCUCACCCCUGAAGAAGGACAUGAGCAUAUCUCACCAGAGAGUAUUAUUCAGAGACCCAAGGUUCUCUAUAGUGAGGAGACUGGGAAGUACCAUAUGUGGUGGCAUGCCGACGAUCGAAACUAUAGCCUUCUCCUUCAAGGUCUCGCAACAUCUGAUUCCAUCGCCGGGCCAUACGAGUUCAACCACGCCAUCGCACCUCUUGGGAACUGGUCUCAGGACUUUGGCGCUUUUACAGAUUACAAAUCCGGCAAAUCUUACGCUCUCUACUCCAAUGGUGACCGCGUCGAAGGCCGAGACGUAUACGUGAGCCAGUUCAAUAGCAAUGUUACCGACAUUGAAAAGGUUACCCAUCGCUUCAACAAGUACGACUUUGAGGCGCCGACUAUUCUCCAGACGGAAAAGAGCUAUUGGACUUUGAUGAGCCACAAGACUGGUUAUCGGCCAAACAAUGUUGUUGCCAUGAGAGCUGAUAAGCUAGAGGGACCUUGGUCGCAGCCAUUCUUUGUUGCGCCGGCUUACACAAGGACAUUUAGCACACAGUCUGGAUUCUCUUGGAGGAUAAACGGAACAAAAAAGACGACAUAUCUUUACAUGGCUGACCAGUGGGAUCUACCGUCAAUCUGGGAGAGUCGCAAUGUGUGGCUUCCCAUCGAGAUUGAUGAAGAGAACAAAAGCCUCGAGGUUGUCUGGCAUGAUAUCUACGACUUGAACGUGAAAACUGGCGAAUGGAAACCUGUCAAGGGUAAGACAUACCCGGCCAGCAAGGCCAAACUCACUGGAGAUGCAUUUCUCCAAGAGGCUACCUUUGGAACCGACCAUGUUAUUGCAACGAGUAUUUCUGGCAAUGACAGCACAGUCACGUUUACUGUUCAAGGCAAAGGUGCAGAACAAUGGGUAUCAUUCUACCACCAAAAUAUUGAUGACAUGGGUUUUGGUGACCAGCCGAUGGGUCAACCAGAUCGUAUCAAUGGCACAUGGGCAAUCCGUCGCAUCAGCAGCGUCGUUGUCAACGGCGACAAAGACAAAGUGCACACUCUGUACCAAAAGGAUACACACAAGGGUAUAAUCCUAUCUACACCUCUUCUUCUGCCGCUCAAGAAGGGCGAGAAUACUAUUACUGUUGGUGGUCUCGAUAAUGGUAAGGGUGUCAAGGGCGCGGAUUUGGACAGGAUUGUUGUUUAUCCCCCCGAGAAGAAGAAGGGCAAGAGAAGUUUUUUUGGACUGUUCUAG